CGGUAGAGCAGCAGCAGCUGCCGGGCUCUAGCCAUCGGCGAGCAAGUUCACGCCGGCGGCGGCCUUACUUAUAUGAUGCGCCAUUGUACUCAUAUCUGGAGCUCAGCACGCACGACCGUUGGUGCUCCUGCUGCUGGGCAUGCAAAUCGCAUGGACGCCAUCCAACUACAAGUUGACCACCGCCGCCGGCCACAACCGGCCACAACCCCUGACACCAUGUAGCGAGCGCAGCAGCAACUAGCUAGUAAGCCGGCUAAUGGGCAAGCUCACAGCAGCAGACGUGGCCAGUCGCUCGCCGGGACGAAAGGGCUUCGUGAGGCCGCAGAGGCGGUUCUCGUCUGUGCUCAUCGUGUUGUACGCCAACCAGCAGGCCGCCAGUCUGGUGGUGGCGGUGAUGACGCUGUGGAUGCCGAGGGUCAUGUGGGCAAGGCUGCAGCUGAUUCCCAUACCCCAGCAGAUGACAAACAAGAGGGGCUACGUGGCCUCGGGCCUCAAGCCGGGCUGGCGCUGGGCCAAGGGCAGCGUGCAGGUACUAUAUACUCCAUCUGGGCCGCGGGCCAGGAGCGAGGGCGACAGCAGCGGCGGCAUCACUGCGGGGUUCUGAAGCAUGUCCGGUUUGUUUGAGCCGGCGUGUUUCAAUGAGGUGCUCGAAUCAAGGUGAAUGCUAUAAGAAUGUCGGUUUCGUGUGUUAGGGGUGGCACAGCUUGAGCAAGGAAGAGUGAGGUUCGUCGACCUUUCGGUGAGCGACAGACGGAACUAGCAGACAUGUAUGACAUGACGCCUUGUUAUUAUUAAGGUAAGAGCAAGAUCGGCAGCUUAUGGCGUCGCAAUGUUUCUGCGUGGCAAACUGCAAUGUUUCAUGAAAGGUUGGAAGGUGUGGAAGCUUGGGACCCGCGAUCCAAGU